CUCUUUCAUACUUUUUGUUUAGUGUUGUUUACUCAAAGCAAAAUCAAAACUGUAAACACUUAAGUUCUUGUUUGAAUCGUCAAUAUUAUUUAUUAUCGAUAGUUUGUUAAUAAAUUACUGAUUUAAAUUAAAUUGCCGCAUGGUAAAAUAAAAACACAAGAACUUAAACUCCGCGGCAAAAUCCAAUCCAUUUAUACCAUGAAUCCAAUUGGUAAAAUUCGCAUAAAAAGCAUCGGGCAACUUCUACCAACAAACAGGCUGUCCACAUCAAAUGAAAAUCUUCAAACUAUAAACGAAAAUGUGGAAGCAUUUAACUAUAACACCGAAAAUGAUUCAAAUAUUUCAUUAAGUCCCACAUCACUAAAGGUUGAAAGUAUUAUUUCCGAGCCUACAAUAUCAUUCGCUUGUGUUGAUCUAACAGAAGACACGUUUGAGACUCCAGUUAGAAAAAAUACUGCAAAAGAAACCAAUGCACAAAACAAUAAAAGUCAAAAACGCAGUAAAUCAAAGCCAAACAGUGCGAAACCUCAAGUGAAACAGAAGAUUGGAAGCUCCUCCGCUGCUAAGUCAAUGAACGAGGAUGUAUUACAAACAAAAUUGUUGUCAUUUUUCACUCCUAGCUCGACAGUAAAAAGAGCUCCAAAAAAGCUAGGAAAACCGCCUGAACAAGAUUUAGAUAAUAAUUUACCUCUUGCAGCAACCCCACCGCGUAAAUUGAGAAAACUUUCUCUGAGGAGAAAUAUUUUAAGUUCCAAUAAUGAACAAAAUUCGGUAAAGAAACCGAAAAAAGAUAUUGAAAGAGAUACACCUAAACCAAAAAUUAAUCUCAGGUCAAAGAAGAAGUUAAAUACUCUAAGAGAGGAAAAAUUGGAAAACUUCAGUGAGGUGGAAAAAGUCGCUGAACCCACUAUGAUACCGGGUGUAAUUGAUUUAUGUGAUUGUGAAAGUGAUGAAGAUAUAAAACCAUUAGAUCCACCAAAACGUCCUGCAACAGUUAAGUCCGAAAAAUCAAUUUGUCCGUCAUAUAAGGUUGUUGAAGGAACAACGUUUGCUGUAGAUGGUUUUAAAUUCGGCCGGAUAGAAGGUGUAACAGCGUACUUUCUAUCACACUAUCAUGCCGACCAUUACAUUGGCUUGACAAGAAAAUUUUCCAUGCCACUUUAUGUAUCACAAAUAACCGCCAAUUUAAUGCGUGAGUUUAUUCCAGUUGAUGAGAAAUAUAUAAAUGUCCUUCCCAUCAACAUAACAACAGAAGUUGAAGGUGUUCAGGUCACUGCCAUAGAUGCAAACCAUUGUCCAGGUGCAGUAAUGUUUUUGUUUCAACUCCCAUGCGGUAAACGUAUACUUCACACAGGAGAUUUUAGAGCAUCUAUUGAAAUGGAAUCAAACCCAUAUCUAAGCCAGCGAAAUAUAGAUCUUCUGUAUCUCGAUACUACUUACAUUUCACACAACUAUUCUUUCCAGACGCAAGAACAAAGCAUAGCUGAUGGACUGAAAUUCGUUCGAGAGUUUAAAGAACGCAAUGAAGGUAAACGAAUACUUUUUGCAGUUGGAACUUAUUUAGUAGGAAAGGAAAAGUUUUGGCUACCAAUUGCAAAAGAGUUCGAUUUUAAAAUCUGGACAGACAGUAAUAGAAGGAAAAUUAUGCAUGCUAUAAAUGAUGAGGAAAUCUUGCAGAGACUUGUCACAAAAUCUCGAGAUGCUGACAUGCAUAUUAUACCAAUGAUGAAAGUUGGUUACAGAGGUAUCGAGGCUUAUUGGGAGGAUCACUGUGAUGCGUAUGAUAUGAUCUUUGCUAUAAGACCAAGCGGUUGGGAAAAGAAUUCAAAACCACAAUUUCGAGGCCAGUUAAAUAUAGUGGGCAUUGAAUAUUCCGAGCAUUCCAGUCACAAUGAGCUGAGAAGGUUUUUGAGUUUUUUAAGGCCCCAACAAGUUAUAAGUACCGUUCCUUAUGGAAAGGAUCUAACUAAGUGUCCGGACGUGCCAUUGUCGUGGUAUAAAAAAGAAUGUUUUUCACCAAUAAAAAAACAAGCUUCAUUGUUAAAAUAUUUUAAGUGUCCAAAAACAGAAAAUAAAAUAAGUUGAUGUUUAUACAA